UAACACACACACUAGCUUGUUAGAAGAAACCAAUGGAGUUAUCUUCAGUUGCUGCAGCAAUGGCGUUUCGCCAUUCACCGAUUCCUUCGCUCUCAGUUUCAAUUUGCUCUUGCUCUUCUGCAUCAUCGUCGUCGUCAACAGCUGAGAAAAAAACCCUCAAACUUGGAAACUCCAAACCCUUCUCCUCCGCAAGAAAAUCUGCCACACUUGAACUUCAACGUGCUUCCGAUUUAGCCUCCGCUCUCGCAAGGUCAACUUCAUUUCUUCAUCUUCCUCCAACGUUCUCCACUAUGCUAACAGCUAUAACUGCAAUUUCAAUUCUUAUCAGGGUAGGAGACGUUUUGACAGUUAAGGAUCUCAAUGCCGCUUUGCACUGCUUCGGCAAUUCCAACGAUUUCAACCAUAUCUCUCAGCUGUUUAUAUGGAUGCAAGAGAAUAAUAAGCUUGACGUGUCGUCUUAUUCGCAUUAUGUAAGGUUCAUGGCGAAUAAACUUGAUGCUGCUGCCAUGCUGAAACUGUAUGACAGCAUUCAAGUUGAAUCAGCCAAGGACAAUGUCUAUGUAUGUAAUUCUGUUCUCAGAUGUAUAACCAGGAAAGGCAAGUUCGAUGCUGCCAUGAAACUCUUUCAGCAGAUGAAGGAAGAUGGUCUUGUCCCGGAUGUUGUUACUUAUAGCACGCUUCUUGCAGGUUGCACUAAAGUAAAAGAUGGAUAUCCUAAGGCACUAGAGCUGAUUCAAGAAUUGAAAUUAAAUAAACUGAGGAUGGAUAAUGUAAUUUAUGGGGGAAUUCUGGCAGUGUGUGCUUCUAAUAGUAAAUGGGAAGAAGCAGAACACUAUUUUAACCAGAUGAAGGAUGAAGGUCAUUCACCAAAUGUUUAUCACUAUAGCUCUUUGCUCAAUGCUUAUUCAGCAUGUGGAGACAACGAAAAAGCUGAUAUGUUGAUUCAAAAUAUGAAAUCUGAAGGGUUAGUACCAAACAAGGUCAUUUUGACAACCUUACUGAAGGUAUAUGUUAAAGGAGGCUUGUUUGAGAAGUCAAGAGAAUUGUUAGCUGAGUUGGAAUCUUUGGGCUAUGCUGAAGAUGAGAUGCCUUACUGUGUAUUGAUGGAUGGCCUAGCUAGGGCCGGACAUAUGGAUGAAGCCAAAAUAGUUUUUGAUGAAAUGAUGAAGAAACAGGUCAGGUCUGAUGGCUAUGCUCACAGCAUCAUGAUAUCAGCACUUUGCCGAGCCAAGCUUUUUCGAGAGGCAAAACAGUUGGCCAAGGAUUUUGGAACUACCUUAAACAAAUAUGAUUUAGUUAUAUUAAAUUCAAUGCUCUGUGCUUUCUGCAGAGCAGGUGAAAUGGAAAGUGUGAUGGAAACUCUAAGAAAGAUGGAUGAAUUGGCAAUCAGUCCUGAUUACAAUACCUUCCAUAUUCUAAUCAAAUAUUUUUGUAGGGAAAAAAUGUAUCUAUUAGCUUAUCGAACCAUGGAGGACAUGCAUAGUAAAGGCUAUCAACCAGUGGAGGAACUCUGUUCCUCUUUAAUAGACCACCUUGGUCAGGUAAAUGCUUAUACGGAAGCAUUUUCUGUCUAUAAUAUGUUGAAAUAUAGCAAAAGAACAAUGUGCAAGGCACUUCAUGAGAAGAUUCUGCACAUUCUCCUAGCAGGGAAGCUUUUGAAAGAUGCAUAUGUAGUAGUCAAGGAUAAUGCAAAAUCUAUUUCUCGUCCUGCCACCAAAAAAUUUGCCAGUGCAUUUAUGAAGUCAGGUAACAUCAACUUGAUAAAUGAUGUUAUGAAGACACUUCAUGAUUGUGGGCACAAGAUUGAUCAGGUGUUAUUUGAGAUGGCUGUAUCACGCUAUAUUGAACAGCCUGAAAAGAAGGACUUGCUUCUACACUUGCUACAAUGGAUGACAGGUCAAGGUUACGUGGUUAAUUCGUCAACAAGGAACCUAAUCCUAAAAAAUUCACACUUAUUUGGUCGUCAGCUCAUUGCUGAGGUUUUGUCCAAGCAACAAGCAAAGUUAAGAGCACAAAAGUCUCAGUAGGCAAAGCUUGUAAAUUUUUGUAAUUUAGGAGAUAAUGCUAGACAGCUUUUGUUUGUACUGAUAAUUUGAUCCCCUUGGUGUGAAGCUCUAGUACCAUGAAUCACACACUGGGUCACUUCUUUUUCUCCCCUUGAUUUUUUUAGUUGAGUUGUGAUCAAUAACCUACAUCCACAUAUAUUCUGAUGGUGCGGGUAGUCGAACUUUUAUAAACAGAUUCAAAUGUAUAAUGCUGAAUAAAUCAUUUAACUCUUAGAGCUCUGGUCAAUAA